CAGCAUGAUAGGAGCCAAGGAGAGUGGGCAGCCAACACGUGGUUAGAUGCGCCCGCGGAGGCACGCGCCGCCGUCGGCUCGCGGCCGGCACGCGCGCGCGCGCGCCCGGCCCCGCACCAGGCCCGCGCCGUGGCUCAUCGCGUUGUAUGCGUCCCCCGCUGCGAUCUACCUCUUGGUCGCGGCGAGACGCCGGCCGCCGGCGAACGGUACUCCUCGCCGCACGCCCCCGAGCCCGCCGCGCGUCGCCGGCAGCGUCGACGGUACGGCGCGGCGGCGUGGCGCCCGCGGCGCGGCGCGCUUUGACGCACGCGGCGCGCCGAUCGCGACGGGCGGGCCCGGCGACCUGGCGGCGGCGAACCUCGAGAUUCCGCAUGAAGUGGCAGCCCUCGCGGCGGAGGGGCUGCACCCCGUGCGGGCGACCGCGUGGGCCGCGCGCCGGGCGCGGCGCGUCGCGGAGCACGACGAAUCAAGAGAGCCGCCGGAAAACCCGCCGACACCGCCGAAUGCAACACGAUCCACGCACCGGAGCGUCGCCGUGCACGCGGACUACGCGCACCCGGUGUUCCACUUUUCGCCCGUCAACCACGUCGCGCUCGAGUCGUUGCUCGCCACUCACGCGCGCGCGGCGGUGCGCGUCGCCGUCGUCGGGCCAGAGCUGGCGCGCGACUUCCGCUACGCGAACGCGCUGGGACUCACGCACUUCGACCGCUACGCCAAGCUCGGCUUCGACGCGCGGACCGUUUUGGUGAACGCGCAGACGCCGCUCUACGGGACGACCGACGCGGAUGACGCGCCGGGCCGCCGCUGGUGGGAGCUCCGGCGCGCGGCCCUGGCGCCGCGACACCUGGACUUCCUGACCUUCUUCGGCCGCGACGACGCGGACGUGCUGCCGGCGCCGGCAUUGACGCUUUUCCUGCGGCUCCAGAGCGUCUGGAAACACGGUGGCCUCGCGAUAGACUUCACGUACGUCUUCGUCGCGCCGGUUCCCGCGGACGCGCGCGGCUUCGCGGUCGCGCCGGACGCGUGCGGCCCGGCGGCGCCGUGGGCCUACCACGACCGCGCGCCGCCGCCGCUCCUCGUGCACGCGCCGGCGCCGCGUGACGCCGCAAUCUCGCGCGCGCUCGCGGCGUUCGACGCGUGCGGCGCGGACGAGCGUUGCGCCGACGCGCUGGCGCGCGACCCAGCCCGACUUUUGCUCGACGCGUGGCGCGGCGCGGGGCUGGCGAACGACUUGGCGGGCGGUGUGGCGUGGCUAAAUUGCGACGAAACGGCGGCUGGUUCGCUGCUCGACGCGUCCUCGACGAUCACGCUCGCCGACGCGGCCGGAGGCUCGUACGCCGUCUGGCUCGGGCCCGCGGCGACCGACGGCCGCUUCGCCCCCGCGGCGCCGGCAUCGCCGCUCGGCGCACUAUUCAGCGCGGGGCCGCCGCGCGCCGUCGCGGUCGACCAGCGCGCCGCGUGCGCGCGCGAAAUCGCGGGGCGCCCGCUGAGCGACCGGCCGCGAUGUUUUGCAUUCCAACGCGGUGUCGCCGGCGCGUCUCGUCGCUUCCCGGCGCGGUGACUCGAGGCCGGACGCGGCCCGUAGACGCGGCGUCCACGCAGGCGACGCCGACGAGACACACCGACGCGCGGGCGCGUCGUCCUGCGCGCCGACGCUCUUCAUUCCCUCGGCCCAAAAGGGCGCGUCCAGCGCGCUCGCGGCGCUUCUCGCGACGCACCCGCAGGUGCUGAGGCCCGUGCGAGGUUCCCACUACAAGGAGCCGGGCGCGUACCUGUGCGCAAAUCAAACAGUGACUCGGGUGCAUUCUUCACAAAGUCAUUUCUCUGCGGCAACGCCGUGAUGACUGAAUCGAGUGGUGCAAGACCCACACCGCCAUGCCGUCGAGCUGGCGUCGCGUCGAUGGCGUGGAGUUCAUGAUACAGCAGUGGCGGAGGCGCGCCGCGACAAUUUUGGUUCCUGCAUAGGCGCGUACAUCAACGCCGUCUACUACCGACAAUCGCUCGCGCGUCGCGCGUCGCGGUUCCCGUGGUUUCGGGACGACGAACCCUUCGUCGCCCUCGACGCCACGGUCACGUACGCCUCCGAGUCGCGCCUGCCGGCGAUGCGCGCCGCGCUCGACGCGCCGCGCGCGUUCGUCGUCUUCGCGCUCCGAGAGCCCGUCGCGCGCGCGUUCUCGGACUUUCGCUUCUGCUACCGGCCCUACUUCUUCUCUCAAGAUAUCGGCUUCGACGCCGCGACGCUCGGCGCGCUCGACGCCUACGACGCGUGCUACGGCGCCGCGCGCGCCUUCUACGCGGCGAACCGCACGGCGGCGGCCGACGCCGCCGGCGCCGACGCGUACUACGGCCUCGCGUGCCAGGACCUCAAGCUGCGCCGCCGGGACCCCUUUGGCCUCGUCCGCAAGUCGCUCUACGUGUACCAGGUCCUCCACUACCGCGCCGUCCACGGCGCGGAAAGAGUGACGGCCGUCUCCGCCGAGCAGCUCAAGCGCGACGCGCCCGGCGCCGGCCGCGCCGUCGCCGCGCACGUGGGCCUCUGCGCGUCGUUCUCCUUUGGCGCCGGCCAGCGCGUCCACGCGACGCGCGCGCGCGUGGCGCCGCGCCACGCCUGGUCGCGCGCCGGCUACCGCCGGCUCCGCGCCUGGUUCGAGCCCUACAACCGGCGACUCUACGCUGCGCUCCGCACGACGGAAAGCUCUCUAGGCUGGGAAGAAGUCGACUAUCCGUCGUUCCGCGACGACCGCUUGCCAACUUGAAUUUGAAUGCCGCCGCAUUAGUUGGCUGGCGUGUACUCAUGGCGUCACGCCCGAGCGGCGGGUCAAUUGCCGACGCCGUUUCCGGGCCGGUGCUGCUGUCUAGUAAUAAUAAUAACCGUGAUGAAUCGCU